AAUCAAAGCAUGAUAGCUAUGACAGUCGUUGCUGCUGCUACCAAAUCAAAACCCAUCAAUCCUUCGCAUCUUACCACCAUUGUUAUUCACAUACAAAAUGCUCAAUCUUACCACACUCACAAAUCAUCACCCAAACAUUCUAAACCUCACAAGCCGCCUCGCAAGCCUAUACAGUUCCUCACCGAAAUCAAACAAAUUCAAGACCCAGAUGAAGCUUUAUCACUCUUUCAUCAAUAUCAUCACUUGGGCUUCAAACAUCACUAUCCUUCUUACUCCUCCCUCAUUUACAAGCUCGCCAAAGCUCGAAACUUUGACGCAGUCGAUACCCUUCUUGGGUAUGCCAAUACCUAUAAUGUUCGAUGUGGAGAAGCCCUUUUUAUUGGGCUUAUUAAGCAUUUAGGGAAAGCUAAGAUGAUUGAUGAGGCCAUUCAUGUGUUUAACAAUAUCAAGGCUUUUAAUUGUGUUCCAACCGUGCAGUCGUUUAAUACGAUGUUGAAUGUGCUUGUUGACAAUGACAGGAUUGAUGAUGCGGAUUUGAUGUUUGGGAAUGCCAGGAAAAUGGGGUUUAGGUUGAAUUCGGUUUCGUUUAAUGUUAUGAUCAAGAUGUGGUUGCGAAAGGGGGAGUGGGACGCUGCUCGACUAGUGUUUGAUGAAAUGCUUGAGAGACAAGUGGAACCGAGUGUCGUGACUUAUAAUUGUCAGAUUGGGUUUUUGUGCAGAAGGGGUGAGUUGGAUAAGGCCAAGGGUUUGUUUGAUGAUAUGAAUAGGAGGGGUCAACGUGCGAAUGCGGUUACUUAUGGGUUGUUGAUGGAAGGUUUGUGUUGUUUAGGGAAGUUUAAAGAAGCGAAGAAGUUGAUGUUUGAUAUGGAGUACCAAGGGUGUAAGCCUCGGCUUCUCAAUUAUGGUGUUUUAAUGACUGAUGUAGUGAGGAACGGAAAGUGGGAUGAAGCUAAAACUAUCCUUGUUGAGAUGAAGAGAAGGCGAAUUAAGCCGGAUGCUGUCAUCUACAACAUUUUGAUUAACUACUUGUGCAAGGAAGGAAGGACUAUGGAUGCCUAUAAAUUUUUAGUUGAAAUGCAGGUUGAGGGUUGUGAGCCAAAUGCUGCUACAUACAGGAUGAUGGUGGAUGGUUUUUGUAGCGUCGAUGACUUUGAAGGAGGUUUGAAGGUUUUAAAUGCCAUGUUGACGACUAAUCAUUGUCCGCGUGUGGAAACAUUUUGCUGUUUGAUCGUAGGACUAAGCAGAGGUGGAAAGAUCGAUGAUGCUUGUUACAUUUUGGAGGAGAUGUAUAAGAGGAAGUUGAGAGUUAAUUUGAAAUUAUGGGAAUCCAUACUUCCAGCUGUUAGCAGAAAGGGUGAAGCUGCAAUUGAGCUUGUUAAUGAACUCAUUUUUGCCGGAUAAUGUCUCUCUAUUUUAAGGUUAAUUAAUACAAUUACAGGAAAACUUCAAUUAUUUAAAUUUGUUUGAAAGGAGAAAAAAAAAAGGGAACGGAACCAAUCGCGACAAUGCAAAUUUACCAGAGUUCGUCCAAGUUCGUCCAAAAGUAACAUCUGUUAAGAGGGCGAUUCUCAGUGAUCUGGACAAGAGGUACGCGAUACAAAUGUUGGACCAGGCUCACUGGUUACUGAGCUUUAAAAUGGCUACAAUGGCGCUAACAGUUCGGAAUUUUAAGUAUUUUGUGAGCUCUCCUUUGAUUAGAAAGAAUGGAUGUGAAGCAGCGGGGCUGAAUACGUAUUAUCUUUUGUCUGAAACAAAACUAGCUGAAAUUGCACUUAACUGGUAAGAAAAAUACCCCCAGUAUUGAACUCCUUGAUAUGGAAAAUCAAUAGUAGCAGAAAUUGGAAUUGACACUAAUCAGUUACCUAUUAAGAUUUAUCAAAAAAAAAAAUUAUAAAUUAGAGAUUUUUAAUUAAUUCAAAGUAAAUUAAUCGAAAUUUUCAGAAAGAGAAAAUUACGUUAUUAUCCGUCAACAGAAAAGAAAUAUAAGCAUCAAAAUUAUAGAGUACUUAGUUACGAGUUUUGUGUUUUUUGGAUUAGAUGUUAGAGACCACCACGUGUCGGUCAUUCGUGCCAGUUGUGUUAUCUGUGUGACAGGUGUUGCAUUUCCCCCCUGAAGAUUACACCUGUUCUUAGAGCAACUUUUUUCAUAUAUUUAUUCCCGAAAUUUUUUACAGCAUUCUUCUGAUAUUUAUCAUCCCCAAAAAUUUCCGCAACACUCUUCCGAGAGAUUUGUACAAAGCAAUAACGAAUUUAUCGAUUGUCGAUGAAGAGAGUGUCACCUUCUUCCAUCUCCGGACUUCUAAACAAAAUAAAAAUGAAAAAGAAGUCGGGAGAAAAGCUAAAAAAUACUCUCAAGAAUGUCUUGAGGUAUCUCAGCUCGGACUCUCAUAUGUACUCUCCCAUGCUUUCAGACAAACCUUCUUCUGUUAGUUCAUCUCAGCUUCAAGUUAACAAAGGAGGGAUGGCAAUGAAAAGAACAAAAAGAGCCAAGAACAAAAACAAGUUUGUACAUAAGUUGGUAGAUUAUUUGAAGUCGGAUUGUUACUUGUAUGCACCGUUGGUUGAUUACUCGUCAUCUAUGCAAGCUGCUCCAGAAAGUAACGGAGCUACUAAAAUCAGUCGACCUUCUAAGCGAGCAGCAAAGCGACCCAAUGGGAAAAAAUCCUCUCCGAGGAGUACUCUGGUAAAAAAUACUCUAGCAUUUCGACGGGAGGAGAAGUGCCUGAUUAACUCAGUUGGUCGCUCUCCAUCGUCCUCAGGGGGGCUGUCUAAAGGAUUUAGAAUACCUAAAACGACGACUAUUUGGACUGGGGAGGAGGUUUUGAAGAUUAUCAAAGAUGGGGCAUAAAUUAUAAGAUGUCACGAUGGUCUCAUACUAUCUCCAUUUACUGGAUUGGUCGUCCAAACUUGACAAUGGAGGAAGGCCGUGCUGAUCAAUAUGAGUUGUAUAUGAGUUGUACAAUUUGGUGUUCAUGUUCGUAAAUUGUCUGUUGUGAUCCUCUGAGACUCUUACGAUAUGAUAUUUGUAAUAAUAGAACUUUGCUAAGUAGGCUUGAAUCUGUUGUGAUCUUUGAGUUCUGUACCAUUUGGUGGUGGUCAUUUGUAAUGAUAAAACUUGCGAAGUAGGCUUGAAUCUGUUGUAAUCUUUAAGCUCUGUAUCAUUUGCUAAUGGGCAUUUGUAAUAGUAAAACUUCGUAAUACUCUCUAUGUCCCAUUAUGUCGG